UCCCGCCCCGUCCAGCCCGGGCUGCCCGGCUCCCGCAGGCCCCCCCGCCGCCCGCGUUCCUAUGGACAGACGCACAGACACCUGCAGGAAAGACACUGCUGAUCCUGUAACAUGGAGGAUUGCCUUCAUACUUCAUCUGAGAAUCUGUCCAAAUUGGUCAGCUGGGCCCACAGCCAUGGGACCAUUUGCAGCCUCAUUCCAAACCUGAAACACUUGCUUUCGGAAGGUUCCCAUGGGAACCUCACAGCAAUGUGGGGCUGUAGUGCGGGCCAUGCUUAUCACUGGCCACUGACAGCUACUUGCAGAGCUGGGUCCCAAGAAAGGGUCUGUUUCCAGGAUAACAGAAGUUUUAACUCUGAUAGUCCCAGUAUAAUUGGAGUACCCUCUGAGACACAAACUAGCCCCGUUGAAAGGUACCCUGGGAGACCAGUGAAAGCGAAGCUAGACUGUAAUCGGACCAGAGACUCUUGUGACUUCUCUUAUUGCAGUGAGCCCUCUGAACUGGAUGAAGCUGUUGAAGAAUAUGAAGAUGAAAACACCCUGUUUGACAUGGUUUGUGAGUCUUCUGUUACAGACGAGGAUAGUGACUUUGAACCCCAAACCCAAAGGCCUCAAAGCAUUGCUCGAAAAAGGCCUGGAAUAGUCCCAUCUUCUCUCCAUUCCAGCUCCCAGGCUCAAAUGGUUGAUGAAUGCAGCAAUGAUGUCAUCAUUAAGAAAAUCAAACAAGAGAUUCCUGAAGAUUAUUACAUUGUGGCGAAUGCAGAGCUGACUGGAGGGGUAGAUGGACCAGCCCUGUCAUUGACACAGAUGGCAAAACCCAAGCCUCAAACCCAUGCUGGUCCCUCCUGCAUAGGGUCUGCUAAGCUGAUUCCCCAUGUGACAUCUGCCAUUGGCACAGAGCUAGACCCACAUGGUGUAUCUGCAUCCCCCUCUGUCAUGUCCAGACCAGUCGUCCAGAAGACUGCCAGGGUAUCUCUGGCUUCACCAAACAGAGGACCCCCUGGUGCCCAUGGCACCAACCAGCAGGUGUCCAUGCAGAUGCCUGUGAGCACAUCCCAUCCUAACAAACAGAUCAGCAUCCCUUUGUCUGCACUGCAACUGCCUGGACAGGAUGACCAAGUUGCUUCAGAAGAGUUCCUGCCCCAUCUGCCCAGCCAGGUUUCCUCCUGUGAGGUAGCUCUUUCUCCCUCAGUUAACACAGAGCCAGAAGUGAGCUCCAGUCAGCAGCAGGCCCCAGUCGCUCCAACCAUAACCACUGAGGCCACAGCACAGUGCAUACCAGACCAGGAUGAAAGAGCAGCUGAGCUCAGCAGGGAGCAGAAUGAGAAAACCAUCCGGAGCACGCAGACCGCGCUCCGCAAUUUCCCCUAUUCUACUAAGCUCAACAAAUUUCCUGUAUUUAAUAUUAAUGAUGACUUGAAUGAUCUGUGUACCAGUGCAGUAAGCCCAAACACUACCAAAGCCACACGAUAUGCUCUGAAUGUGUGGCGAUAUUGGUGCGUGACCAACGGACUCAAAGAUCACACGGACAUCACCAAGAUCCCCGCAGCGAAGUUGAACGAGCUGCUCGAGAAUUUUUAUGUCACCGUUAAGAAGAGUGACGGUUCCGACUUCCUGGCCACCUCGCUGCACGCCAUUCGCCGAGGCCUGGACCGCAUCCUGAAGAAUGCAGGCGUGGGCUUUUCCAUCACCAGCAGCACCUUCAGUUCUUCCACCAAGAAACUCAAGGAGAAGCUGUGGGUGCUGAGUAAGGCAGGGAUGUCAGGGGCCCGUGCUCGCAAUAUUGUCUACUUCUCUCUUUCCGACGAGGAGGAGAUGUGGCAGGCAGGGUGUUUAGGUGAUGACAGUCCUGUCACUCUCCUGUCCACUGUGGUCAAGUACAACAGCCAGUACCUGAAUAUGCGGACCCUGCAGGAGCAUGCAGAUCUGAUGUAUGGUGACAUUGAGCUGCUCAAAGACCCACAAAACCAGCCCUAUUUUGCCCGGACAGACAGUGUCAAGCGGGAGAGCCGCAGUGGUGCCACAAGAGUAUGCCACGGGAAAAUCUACCAUGAGCAUUCUAGGGGACACAGACAGUGCCCUUACUGCCUCCUCUACAAGUACAUGUACACCCACCGGCCACCCACCCAAAUGGAGGCCAAGUCCCCUUUCUACCUCACGGCCCGGAAGGAGGCCACAGACAUGGGCAGCGUGUGGUAUGAGGAGCAGAGGAUGGGCCUGCGGUCUCUUCGGGGGAUUGUUCCAAACUUAGCCAAGAAGGUCAAGCUGGAAAAUUGUGAGAACUUCACCUUUGUCUCGUUUACUCAGGUCUCCAGGAGGCUUGGCUCCCACAGUUGCUGUCAGUGAGUCUUCCCUGACAAGCAAGAGCUCCCUUAGGCAACCGCGGCCAGAGCUCUGGGGUGGCAGGGAAUGACAGUGACUUCAAGGUCAGGCUGGUCUUGGUCAGGGGGACCUGCUAUUUCUUUGACUUUGGGUGUGUUUUUUUACCUGAAAGUAGAGGAAUCUGAAUAAUUAGGGUAUUUUAUCCAAAUGUGUGUCACCUUUGUUAAAUUAUAGAAUCUAACACCAUGUAUAAUUGUUCCAUAAACAAGAGUGAGGAAGUUCAUUUUAUCUAGUGCCUUUUUAGCACAGAUUUUCUUAAA